AUGAGUAGGGACAGGUUUGAUUUUAUUUUGAGUAAUUUACAUCUUAAUGAUAACACAAAAAUUCCAGAAAGAAACACUGAUACAUUGUAUAAAAUAUGCCCGCUUCUGACUGCUUUGAAUAAGCAAUUUAUGUCCAUAUAUAGGGGCACUAGAGAACUCAGUAUUGAUGAAUCAAUGAUUGUCUUCAAGGGAAGAAGUAGCAUAAAGCAAUAUAAUCCAUUACAACCAAUCAAAAGAGUGUAUCAAGGUAGAAAUGAGACACUGGAGAAGGACUUUGAAGGGUACGGUUUAGGGGAGAGAGUAGUACUGAAAUUGUCUAAACCAUAUUGGGGUCAGUACAGAAAAUUGUACUUUGACAAUUUUUUUACUUCUGUUCCACUUUUGGAGAAACUAAAAUCCGUAAAUACAUUUGCCUGUGGAACAAUUAGAACAAGCAGGAAAGGUUUGCCAGCAAACUUACCUAAAGAAAAAUGGCUAAAGCGUGGGGAAUCAAAUCACAGAGUGUCAUCUUUAGACCUAACAGUAUUUCAAUGGAGGGGCAAUAAAGUAGUGUAUUUUGCGUCAAACUUCCAUGGCACUGAACAGAGGAUAGUGUCAAGAAAACAGAAAGAUGGAACUAGUAUGACUAUACCAUGUCCAGUUAUUGUAUGUGAUUACAAUAAAAACAGGGGUGGUGUGGAUCAUGCAGAAAGAUUAGGUUCAACUUAUGGUCUUGACAGGCAAUCAAAGAAAUGUGAUCUACAUGGGGCACUGCCACUACUGGAAUUGAGGCGUGCUGUGGCACUAGGGCUAAUGAAUGAACAGCAAGUGCCAAAUCUCAAAAAGAGAAACUCUGGUAAAGAUGAAAUAACUCCCCCAAAGAGAAGAAAAGAUAACUUUUCUGUUCCUAAGGAUGUAUGUCUUGGCAACUGA